CUGGAACCUGCAUGGCAAAUUGUAAUUACUGUCUCAAACGAGGUUUUGAAAAGUUUAGGCGUAAUGUGCGAUAGCAAAUCUCGAAGAGGUUAUGCGGUAAACAUUCUCAAAAAGUCAGAAAACGGAAACUGGGAUCCUGACGAGGAAGUACUACAGAAGAUCUUGAUGUCUGAGAAAGUGAAAGACAAAAAGGUAAUGGUACUGAGUAUAGCGGGGCCGUCGCGUAGUGGAAAAAGCUUCCUGUUAAAUUUUUUACUCGAAGCCGCUAGCGCAGUUGAGCAGGGACGUUCUUGUGAAGGGAUGAUGGAAUUAACAAACCUUGCUUCUGGAUUUAGUUGGAGAGGAGGAUCGACCAGGGAAACGUCAGGUAUAACUAUGUGGUCUAAACCUUUUUUGCUGAGAAGUGUAGAAGGUGAAGAAAUUGCUGUCUUAUUGAUAGACACUGAAGGCUUCUUUGACGCUCAGUCCACUUCAGCAGAUUGUGCAAGAAUUUUUGGAUUAUCAAACCUGAUAUCUUCAAUUCAGAUUUACAACCUUAGUAGAGGACUUCAACUAGACUUUCUUAAGCAAGUUGAAAUUUUUGGAGAAUACGGAUCAUAUGCGAAAACAGAAAAAAAGGCAAAACCGUUCCAGCAGUCAUCGCCAGAGAUCCAAGAGACGUGUAAGAAUAUAGAACAGUGUUUUGAAUCCUCUUCCUGUUUCUUAAUGCCGUAUCCGGGUCGUGAUGUCGCUGAAGCUGAAGAGUGUACUAGCUCUAUAGUUAUUGAUAAGGAGUUCUUGAUAAGAACUGAAUCUCUGGUAAAUGAAUUAUUUUCUGGCAAAUAUUUAAAAGUGAAGGAGGUAGCUGGCUGUAAAGUGACCUGCAAAGAAUUGUUCAAAUUUUUCAUCGCAUUCACAGAUUUGUUCAACUCUAACACUGUACCACCACCAAAAGCACUGUUUGAGCUAAUCGGAGAGGUCUUAUUCGAAGAAAUUUUUCAUCAGUGCAAAGAAAUGUAUGAUACAGAAAUAGCCAAGUUUUUGAAACAACGAGAAGAAGGUGACGCUAAUGCAGACUUACAAAAACUCUACGUCAUGUACACAAAGGGGCUGAACGAGAAACGCGCUUUUGAAUUACAAGCUGAGUUUCAAAAAUUGUAUGGCAGAGCAACGUCUAGUAUUACUGCGAAAUUUAAAACGUGGUUAAGUGAUACAGGUUUUGAAGCCUUCGAAAACUAUUGUCAGAAACUUCAAGUUCACUUUGAGAGUGAAUAUACUAAGAUAAAAUCAACUAUAAAUCGAAAUGGGGCAACAGUUCAAAGAGCUGCGGACCUUGUCAACGGCUAUAAUAAAUAUUAUAGUAAACAGAUUCAAAAAGUAACUUUUGUUUAA